UGGGGGAAAGCAGUACUUACUAUGAUAAGAAUGAUGCACUGAAGAAAGGAGCCUGGGCUGCAAGUGAAGACCAGAUUGUCAAAGACUACGUCGAAAAACACGGUGUCGGAAAAUGGGGCAAACUAUCUAGGGAAACAGGCAAUUCAAGUUUAAAUUCUUGUUUUCAUUCACGUAUGGCACUCUAUAUAUAUUUGCUUGAUUUGAGUCGCUGCAAUCUAUUAUAAUUUUAAUGACGAACCUCUCGUUUCGUUUAUGAUGAAUGCAUGUGUUUGUUGGCAGGUAUGAAGAGAUGUGCGAAGAGUGUGAGACUUAGGUGGCUGAACUAUCUGAGGCCUGAUAUCAUCAGAGGCAACAUUAAAGAAGAUGAAGAAGAGCUCAUCAUCAGGCUCCACAAACUCUUGGGAAACAGAUGGUCAUUGAUAGCUGGAAGGAUACCAGGGCGAACUGACAAUGAAAUCAAAAACUACUGGAAUUCCACCUUAAAGAGGAAGCUACAACAAGAAAAUCACUUAGAAGUGUCUAAAGAUGAGGAGAUCAAGGAGGACUGGUCAUCCUCUGCCGUUGUUGCUGCUGCUGCUGAUGAGGAAAACCCAGGUUUGACCAAAAAGAAUGUCACUGAAGUUGGAGUUGGAGUUGGAGUUGGAGUUGAAGCAACUAAUAAUAACGGUAUUGGUGAUGAUGAAUAUCUGAGGGAUGACCUUUGGUGGAACAAUUUCAUAGCGGAUUUCAAUGAUACCCAACUCGACGUAUCUGACUUCCAAACCGACUUCCCUGAGAAUUGGGAAUCUAAGGCGAACAUUAUCGACGUCGGAGAUUGCUUCACCGAUCAACAAGACAUGCCAAAUAAUAUUGCUUGAGCUACAUAUUAAUUCAAGAAAAUGUAUCACUAAUCCCCUUGGGUGAUUAAUUAUCUCACCAGAUUUGAUACAUAAAUAUAUAUAUAAUCCAUUAAUAUUUAGGCAUGAUUCAUAAUAUUAAUCACCAUA